CUCAAAUCAAAGAUGGCCGCCUGUUCUCUACAUGGAAUCUGAACUUGGGAAACUAAUUAAGUAUUUUUAUCGUUUAACAGAGGAAAUAUUUUUCGCCCAGAUGAUUAAAAGACGCGUUUGAGAAUUUGGUCACUAAGAUAGGGGCUGGAUACGGGGCGAUUUGUGAUCGGCCAAGCAGCAGCUCGGUGAAUAUGGCGUUUAUUGGGGACGCAGACCCUUUCACCGCUGCGAUACCUGCCACCAAAGUUGAACUCACGGUUUCUUGUAGAAACCUGCUGGACAGAGACACGUUCUCCAAGUCUGAUCCAAUUUGUGUGCUGUACACUCAAGGAAUAGCCAACAGGGAAUGGAGAGAGUUUGGCAGGACGGAAGUCAUAGACAACACCCUCAACCCCGACUUUGUCCGCAAAUUCAUCCUGGACUAUUUUUUUGAGGAGAGGCAGAAUCUACGCUUUGACCUGUAUGAUUUAGACUGCAAGAGCGACAACCUCUCUAAACACGACUUCCUGGGCCAGGCGUUCUGCACGCUAGGUGAGAUCGUCGGCUCUUUGGGAAGCCGCUUGGAGAAACCUUUGAUUGGGAUCCCGGGGAAGAAAUGCGGCACCAUCAUAGUGAGAGCAGAAGAGCUGAGCAACUGCAGGGAGUCAGUGAUGCUGCAGUUUUGUGGCAACAAGCUGGACAAGAAGGACUUCUUUGGAAAGUCGGAUCCUUUCCUUGUCUUUUACCGCAGUAACGAAGACGGGUCAUACACCAUCUGCCACAAAACAGAAGUGGUGAAGAACACUUUGGAUCCGGUGUGGCAGGCUUUUAAAAUUCCCGUCCGAGCGCUGUGCAACGGAGACUACGACAGGAGCAUUAAGGUGGAGGUGUACGACUGGGACAGAGAUGGCGGCCACGACUUUAUCGGCGAGUUCAGCACCAGCUACAGAGAAAUGUCCAGAAGCCAGUCACAGUUCCACAUCUAUGAGGUGUUAAAUCCAAAGAAAAAAGGAAAGAAGAAGAAAAAGUACCAAAACUCAGGAACGGUCACCCUCCUGUCCUGCCUGGUGGACACUGAGCUCUCCUUCCUGGACUACAUCCGAGGCGGGACUCAGAUUAAUUUCACAGUGGCAAUUGAUUUCACUGCAUCAAAUGGCAACCCGUCCCAGCCCACCUCGCUCCAUUACAUGAGCCCAUACCAGCUGAAUGACUAUGCCAUGGCACUGCGAGCUGUUGGGGAGAUCAUCCAGGACUACGACAGCGACAAGAUGUUUCCUGCGCUGGGCUUUGGUGCCAAGCUGCCCCCAGACGGACGGGUCUCGCACGAGUUCGCCCUGAAUGGUAAUCCACAGAACCCAUACUGCAGCGGUAUUGAGGGGGUGAUGGAGGCCUAUUACCAGAGUCUCAAAUCCGUGCGCCUCUACGGACCCACCCACUUCUCCCCUGUUAUUAACCAUGUGGCCAGGUAUGCGUCCGCAGUGACAGACGGCUCGCAGUACUUCAUCCUGCUCAUCAUCUCCGACGGCGUGAUCACAGACAUGGCGCAGACAAAGGAGUCCAUAGUCAACGCCGCCUCUCUGCCCAUGUCAAUUAUAAUAGUUGGGGUUGGACCAGCCGAGUUCGACGAAAUGAUCGAGUUGGACGGGGACGAGGAGAGGAUCUCAUCCCAAGGACGAUACGCCGAGAGGGACAUCGUUCAGUUCGUUCCUUUCAGAGACUACAUCGACCGGCGGGGAAACCACAUCCUCAGCAUGGCUCGCCUGGCCAAGGAGGUGCUCGCCGAAAUCCCAGACCAGUUCCUGUCCUACAUGAGGACCCGUGGCAUCAAACCAGGCCCCUUGCCACCUCCUUACACCCCGUGUCCACCGCCAGCCAUCCACCCCCUCCUCACCAGACGGACUCACCUCAGCUUUGUUCUCUGAGAGGUUCAAGUGAUGUGCACGAGAGGGAGAAUGACCCGAAUGGAGAAUAACUGGGCCGUCUCGCCCUCUCCAAAUGGAAAGGGUCAUUCGGUUGUUCAGCCUCGAACAGCCAUGUGUAAAGUUUCUACAGAUCUGAAUUUCAUCAUCAACUGAAACAAAUUCAUCUUCUCCGAAAUGUUUUAAUUUAACUAUUAUUUUUCAUCAGCCCUCAUUUUGGAUCUCAUAACAGUGACCCAUGGCUUCUGCAUGAUGCUCGUGAUUACACUAUUAGACCAAUGAAAAAUGAUUUGUCCAUUAAUACAUGAUAUUUACCUAAAAUCGGUUUGUAUGAUUAGUGAUAUUGUAAGAUAGCACAGGUUUUACUGUUCUAAUAGGAAACAUGGAAGACACUAAAGGCUGAUUUAAAAUGACUAUUUCUGUAAGAAUUGAAGUCUUUAAAUAAAUAUUCAUGUCAAACGUUUUGUUGUUGUUGUUGUUGUUGUUGUCUGGCUGCUCAGGAUGGCGCUGCACUAUAAAAAUAAAUCUAUUUUGGGCCCACACGACCAAUAAGGACACGAGGCCUUCAACAUGCUCAUCUGUUGGGGAGCUAUCGUAAAACACAAAGACGUUUUUCCUCGGUGCUGAUGGGCACCCGUCCCGAUCGAUGAUGCCAAUGAGAUCUGCUCAGACGGAGCCAGUGCGCUGGAAUAGACGUACUUCACACCAUUACACCUUUCAAGUGUGGAUCUCAAGAACUAAAACGUUAAAGUGGGCUGACAGGCUGUUCUAUCGCAAAGACUCCUUCAAAUGUGGCUGAUAAAAGCAGCUAUUUGAUGAGGAAGCGAGUGCGUCUUUUGCAGCCUCUGUAUUUUAAAAUCUGUAGCGCCAGUCAAAAAGGAUGGAACUAUUUGUUACUCACCAUCAGUUAAAGCCACUGAAAGACCAAAAUAGACAAUGUGUUAAUUUGUCUCUAAAUACCUCCUUAUUUCACUGUCUGUGGCACUCAGGUCCAAGCUGUAAUAUCGUCUGGUGGUGCGUUCAGGUGAUCUUUGUCACCUUGUACAGUUGAGAAAUGUCACCUGACCAUCAUCAGUCAUUCAUAUUGAAAACGUAACGAUUUGGACUGAUGAUAAAGCCACUCCAGGACUUGAAUACCAGACGCCAGCUACAAACCG